CAAAGAUGCAGUACGUAGCAAGAAGGAGUUCUUCACGGUGCCUCAGAUUGUGCUUUCAUUACCGUGCUUGGCUUUAAUAUUAGCCACUGCUAUGGAUGAGCAGCAGCAGUGUAGCACUAUGUAAACCAAAGUAUGGAUAUCAGCCAUUAAUUAUGUUUCAUUUUCUUUCCACAGUUAAGUUGAUUUUACAGAAUUUAUCAGGUCUUCCAAGCAGAAACAGGUGAUUUUUGCUGUGGGUUGAGCUCAGCAUGGCUGUAGUCAUCCGUUUACAGGGGCUUCCUGUUAUUGCGGGUCCUGCAGAUAUUCGUCGUUUCUUCUUGGGAUUGAAUAUUCCUGAUGGAGGUGUGCAUAUUAUUGGAGGAGAAAUUGGGGAGGCUUUUAUUAUAUUUGCAACAGAUGAAGAUGCACGGCGUGCAAUGAGCUGUUCAGGAGGGUUUAUCAAGGACUCGCGCAUAGAGCUCUUUCUCAGCAGCAAGACAGAAAUGCAGAGUACCAUAGAAAUGAGCCGGAAACGAUUUGAUCGUGGGGGACGAGAACCUAUGCCUGGGUCUAGACGACCAUGUGCUAAUAAUUCUGGUCCUUCGGGUGUUGGAGAGUUUUCACAUUUAGUUCCAGCUUUUCCAAAAGGAAUGAGUAAACCUAGCUACGGUCCACCAAAUCAUCCGGAGGCUGGUUUCCAUGCCAAUGGCACAAGACAUGGUGAUGCAGGUAUACCUAAAUCCAUCUAUCCCCAGCCAAGAAAAGAUCCGCAUCCAUUUAACCCAGAUGAUCUUUACUUAUUUCUGCGUGGAAUACCUUACUCUGCCACGGAAGAUGAAGUUCGCGCUUUCCUUUCUGGCUUACGUGUGGAUGGAGUCAUUCUGAUAAAGCAUCGCAAUGGCUUAAACAACGGUGAUUGCUUGGUAAAAUUUGCCACGCCUGGUGAUGCCUUAGAAGGACUUAAACGUCAUAGACAAUACAUGGGUCAGAGGUUUAUAGAAAUAAGCCCAUCUUCGGAGGAGCGGUGGAUUGAAUAUGGUGGGAGGGUGGACAUGACAAAUGAGAUGGAUCACUUCUUGUGCGAAGAGCGUUCUCCAGCCAGAAGCGCAGGCUACAUGCAUCCCAGGAAGCAUUCGCACUCCAGGUCGCCGAGGAGACAAAGAACGCGCUCUCGUUCACCUCCCACCCAGGAAUACUACAUACACUUAAGAAAUCUCUCUACUAAUCUCGAGAAGAGAGAUUUGAGAGCAUUUUUCCCUGAUCUGGAUAUUUGCAGCAAACAAAUUAAGUUCCUAAUGGAUAAGCAUCAGAGGAGGACUAGAGAUGCGUUUGUGAUGUUAAGGAGUGAGAGAGAUUAUCAGGCUGCUUUGGAAUAUCAUAGAAAGGCUCUUCUCAAUCGCCCUGUUUACAUUUUUCCAAUUUCAAGAAGAUCAAUGUUGAAAAUAAUUGAUUCUUGUGAGAGGAAAAGAUCACAGGAAAGAGAUCAUCCUGGACAAGGCUUACAGGAUAAGAGUUAUCGGGAAGGUCAUCCUGGCCCUAAGCUAUGUGCUUAUGUAAGAAAUUUUCCAUUUGAUGUGUCCAAAAUUGAAGUGCAGAAAUUCUUUGCAAGAUUUGAUAUUGAUGAAGAGGAUAUUUACUUGCUCUAUGAUGACAAAGGAGUUGGGUUGGGAGAAGCGUUAGUGAGGUUUAAGUCUGAAGAACAAGCCAUGAAAGCAGAAAACUUAAAUCGGCGGAGGUUCUUGGGAACGGAGGUGUUAUUGAGACUUAUAUCUGAAGAGCAGAUGCAGGAGUUCGGUGUAACUGUUCCGUUGUCUGGACCAAGUGAAAUGCAGGGUCAUUCGCAGGCGUAUGACAGAGGGGAGCUUUCCCGGCCAGUUGGUUCCCCUCCUGGACCUCCGCAGGGACCGCCCAUGCAUUCCUUUGGUCCCCCGGGGAAUUUUAGGCAUCCUUCUGAAUUUAGGCACCCCCCUGAUGACUUCAUGUGCCCUCCUGAGGACUUCCGAGGACCUCCACCACUCAUGGAAUUUGGUGACAGUGAACCUUUUGGCAGAAUGGAGUUUGGAAAUAGCAAAAUGGGAAGUUUUCCUGAAGGAAGAUUUAUGCCUGAUCCCAAUUUCAGUGGCGGUUCGGAACGCGUUGUUCCUGUUCGAUUGAAAAAUUUGCCGUUUAAAGCUACUCCUAAUGAGAUUCUGGAUUUUUUCUAUGGCUACAGAGUGAUCCCAGAGUCGGUCUCUAUUCAGUAUAACGAGCAAGGAUUGCCUUCGGGCGAUGCCAUUGUCGCGAUGACAAACUAUGAGGAAGCUAUGGCUGCUAUUAACGAACUGAACGAUAGGCCAAUUGGUCCUCGGAAAGUUAAGUUGAGUUUGCUCUGAAGGAGGAAACAUGCUCUAGAAUAAAAUAUUCUAGAUUUGACAGUAUUGACAAUUAUUUUCACUUUUUUAAAUUACUGGAAGAUGUAGAAGAAACGGUUUCCAUCAACGGUUGUAAAUAGUGUCUAGUUUAGCUGUUUAGUUCUUGGUUGAAAUAUGUGUAUGGUUAAGAUACCUGAGAACUGUAUCGUGCCUGUUUCUUGUGGCAGAGAAGAGCCCGGAAAUUUUGGAGGACGCUGAAUAUCAAGGUAUAAAAGCACGGAGUUGCAAUGCUUUUAUUUUUUCUUUCCUCCAGUUUUCUUUAAA